AUGGCUGCGGCCCUCAGAUCCAAACCCUCCAGGGAUACUGUGUCGUCUACUGUCUCUCAAUUCAGAUACUUUGUCUUCAAUUACAUGCAUGCCGGUCGAGUUGUCAAUUCUCACUAUGCGCACCGUAUCAAAAAUGAAGACUUGUUCAUGAACACUCCCUACCACUUCACUUCGUUCAAACCCGUGGCGCUUGGUGGCAACUUUGUCGAAAAGGGUUCGCAAAUUUUCGAUCGCCCUAGAGUUGCCCAGAAAACUAGCAAGAAUAGUGAUAGGAAUUGGGGACGAAAAUUGUGCAGCAGUAGGUGUAAUAGUGUUCUUUCCUCGCAAGGAGACCCACCCGAGGUAUGGUCCGGUGAUGGAAUUGUGGUUCGGGCCGGUCCCAGCUCGAAUUUGGUUCGUGGAGGCGGCGGAGGUGGUGGUCCGAGCCCUGGUUCGGGAGGUGGGUUUGAGUCCAAUUCCAAGGAUGAGUGUUGGGGUGGUUCCAGUUUGGGUAACAAUUUUCCUACACCCAAGGAAAUUUGUAAAGGGCUUGACAAGUUUGUAAUUGGGCAAGAGCAGGCCAAGAAGGUACUAUCUGUUGCUGUUUACAAUCACUAUAAGAGGAUAUAUCAUGAGUCCCUGCAGAAGUGGUCUGCAGGCGAUUCAGGUAACAGCAAAGUAGAUGCAAUGGAUGAUGAUAGAGUGGAGCUUGAAAAAAGUAACAUUCUUCUAAUGGGGCCAACAGGGUCAGGGAAGACACUACUCGCCAAAACCUUGGCACGGUUUGUGAAUGUUCCCUUUGUUAUUGCAGAUGCAACAACGUUAACUCAGGAAAGAUAUGUCGGGGAAGAUGUGGAGUCAAUUUUAUACAAGCUCCUUACGGUUGCUGAUUAUAAUGUAGCAGCUGCACAGCAAGGAAUUGUGUAUAUUGAUGAAGUUGACAAGAUUACCAAAAAGGCUGAGAGCCUAAAUAUUAGUAGAGAUGUGUCUGGAGAGGGUGUUCAACAGGCAUUACUAAAGAUGCUGGAAGGGACAAUUGUGAAUGUUCCUGAGAAGGGAGCUCGAAAGCACCCUAGAGGAGAAAAUAUUCAGAUUGACACAAAGGAUAUUCUCUUCAUCUGCGGGGGUGCCUUUAUUGACUUGGAGAAAACAAUCUCAGAAAGACGCCAAGAUUCCUCUAUUGGGUUUGGUGCUCCAGUUAGGGCAAAUAUGAGGACUGGCGGUGUUACAGAUGCUGCUGUUACAUCAUCCUUAUUGGAGACUGUUGAAAGUAGUGAUCUUAUUCGAUAUGGUUUGAUACCUGAAUUUGUUGGCCGGUUUCCCAUCCUCGUCAGUUUGUCAGCACUAACCGAAAAUCAAUUAGUUCAGGUCCUAACAGAGCCAAAAAAUGCCCUGGGGAAACAAUACAAGAAGAUGUUCCGAAUGAAUGGUGUCAAACUGCAUUUCACAGAAAGUGCCUUGAGAUUAAUUGCUAGAAAAGCAAUAUCAAAAAACACUGGGGCUCGUGGUUUACGGGCAAUUUUAGAAAAUAUAUUGAUGGAUGCCAUGUAUGAGAUUCCUGAUGUUAGAGCUGGUGACGACAUAAUAGAUGCAGUUGUAAUUGAUGAAGAGGCCGUUGGAUCUGAGGCCCAGGGUAGUGGAGCUAAAAUCCUCUAUGGCAAGGGUGCAUUGGAUCACUAUCUUUCACAAAAUAAGGCCAAGGAAGUGGAGACUGCAACCACGGAGGGGUCGUUGGAUGGGGAGCCUGAGGUGGAGACGGAGCUUUCUUCUGUUGUAGCUAGCAUGUAA